AAGAAGAGGUGAGUGGCAAGGAAGAAGGACGCACAGGCCGCUGACUGCAUUGCGCAGGGACAACGCAUUCUUGGUCCUCGAGCACCACUCUAUGGUCCACCCCAAUCACAGUUCUAUGCACACAUCUCUGCCCACUCUGUAUAUCUCGACCGCCCCAUAGGCGGACGAAUAGUAAGCAUGCGAUGCAAUAGGCAAUACUGCAGUGGCUCGGUAGUGUACGAGAGAGUGCAUGCGAGCGAAUAACCUUCCGUACACAAGUAAUGACAAUCUCCCUUUGGCGAAUCUCCGGACCUGGGCUCUCGACAGACAAGAACAAUGGCCUCACGGGCACUGGCACCCUUGCUUCCGCGCAUCCCUCCGGUGCACUCACCCACCUUGAACUGAAAUUUGGUCCCAUGCUAUAUAUCCCCACGGGCCAUGUCCUUCUUGCAUUUUGGUACGGCACACCACUUGUCUUGCCUCUUGCAGACCCUUUCGGAGUUUCUUACGCUCCUAUCGUAGUCCCGGAAGUUCAUCACCGAGCAACAGUAAUACCCCGGUGUUCACGACCCAUCAGACGACAAGCUCCUUGGCUACAUUCACACACGGUGGUGGGUCACCACAAGGGUUGCAACGGCGUAUACAAUUGCGAGAAGCAGCGCUGAUUGGGUAGACGUCUUGGAUCUUUGUACAUUCAGAUACAGUGCGAGACCAGUAGGCGAAGAACAAGGUUUCCCUAGGUUGGUUUCCAAGGCAUUCGGGAUCAAGGGUCCAGGAACUUUAUCAUCAACAUCAUCAUCAUCAAAGAUGGCUUCGGGAAUCGUGAGCGGGAGUUUAUCUUCAAAUUCUCAUUCUCAUCAUUCUCUCCCAUCUCCUCCCACAAGACCCCCAAGACUCGCCCCCGACGCCCAGCAAGAGCUCAUCAUAGACCGUCCCACGCGCAAACCCACUUCACCCUCUCGUCCUGUAGCUGGCGAAUCCUUCUGGCGCUGGUCCCAUAACACACCAUCGACUGUAGACACCUACGCCCCGACAGAGCUUCAUUUCCCGGCUUCCCAUUCCCCAGGGGACAGCGAAGGGCGUCGGAUGGAGGCAAGGUCUACUUAUUAUUCCGACUUUUCCGCAGGGAGCACUGUGCCAGAUGUGAAUGACCUCGCCAUACUGCCCACCAUCUUCAAGCGUGGCCAGGCACUUCAGCCAGUCAUGCAGAACCAAGAAGCUGCUAGAGGCCUGACUUCUAUCCCAGAAGCCCCUUCGAGUACCCAUAGCCAGGAGCAGCAAGAGACUGUCCAUUCACAACCUCGUGACAUUCCCGAGAAAGAUCGUAAACGUUCCAGUGCGGGAACUUUUGGUCCCAAGAACGGCAAGUAUCCAUCCAUCUACUCCAUUAAUAGCAGCAACGCCUCUCCUGAAAGACAUAUAGCGAGCAAUAUCUAUGAUAUUCCUCGAGCUGCCAACCAAACUAAGCGCAGACCAUUGUCAUAUUCCGCGACGUCGACGUCUCCUCAGACAUUCACUACACCCAAAGCGGCGGAUGAUACGGCUGCAGUGGCAAGCAGACGGGCUAUGGGGAUGACCUCCCCUAGUGAUAGAGCUGAUCACAGGGAACCGGAGAGUGAGAGUCAAAUUGAAGAUUACCUGAGGAGACAGAGUAAAUGUAAUCAGCGCCGGAUUGCUCCCGCGUCUUCACCUGCUCCCACCUCUGGCUUUGGGUUUGAAUCAGCUGUAGAUCUCAAUGAUGACCUAGAGGACAAGAUGAAAAAGAGCAAGAAAGAGUUUAGGAAGAGUAAAGUCGAUCAGAUGUUGGGUGAAGGUGCAGAGUAUGCGCGGAUGACAAUGGAAUUGAACCGCGCGACUUUACGAAAGGCUUUCGACGGGCCUGUUAAACAGACUAACGGUCCUGUUCCACCGCCCAGAAACCACAAACAUUCUCCAUCGGUUCCUGCCAACCUUUUGCAUACAUCAUCGCCUACAAAAUCCAUCAACUCGGUCCGACAGGGCCUUACCUACGCCGAAGCCCUCAACUCGCCUGUCAGCACCACAAACCGUUCUGCCUCUCACUCUCACAUUCUCCCACUCCAAAAAUCAGCAUCUAUCGAUUCCCUUCCCAGCUUGCACACCUCUUUUACUGAUAGCGUCAAUCUCGAACACCGUCCACUACUCAAACAAUCGCUACCACCGCUCCCUACCCAACCGCAUCUCACUCAAAGUACAAUCUCGAUCUCUCGUCCUAGUCUUCCACCAUUCCCAUCGGUCAACCAAGCUCCCAGCACGAGCUCCACCCUCAGCCCUUCUCAGCGUACUAUCCUCAUCCGCCGCACACGCAAAUUGGAAGCUCUCCUCGGUGAGACUUUAUCAGAAUCACAAAUCUCACAGCAUGUCGUUGACCCGCUCCACUCUGUAAAGGAGUUUGAUACCCAAGUGAAAGAGGGGUGGCCUGAUAGUCCACCUGCAGAUUGGAGAAAAAGAGUUCCAGAGUGGGAGAGGGAAGAUUGUUUGGUUCAAAGGGUGAAGGGAGAGAAUGGUGAAAUACGUGGAGAAGGCAAGGGCAAGUCGUUGGCGCAAAAGACGUUGGCAGCGUUAAACUUGACUAGCAGGAAACCUGAAGGAGACAAUCUGAAAGUGUAUGUCUCCCGCCAGAUGAGGGUUACAGAGACUGUCACGCAUGGUGAAUCUGGCAUGAAAGCCAGUGUGAAUAGAGCAGAACCAGGAUCGGAUACAGUCAGUCCAACGAGCGCGAAUAGUACCAAUGCGGAUAGUCAAUGGCCAGCUGAGAAUGAAGGCGAUGAAGGGAAAAAGACUAGGCGGCAGCAGCUCGCCAAGCUUCAUCGAAUGUUAGGAGUUCCUAUUCCUCCAGAAGUGGUCAAUCCGGCCUCUCACAUUGACCCCCACACCUCGCACACCCCUGACAAGCGCCGUGUUUCUGAUCGAACCUCGGCUGAAACCGCUUCCCCAUGUGCAGGUUCUCCUUCCGACCAAUCUUUCAUGACCUUUGACGAAGCCUCGAGCGGGAAUCGAUGGUCACGGCUAAGGAAUUUGCAUAAACGAAUGGGGAAUGGGAGUAUAGCUGUUUCCGAGGGGAGAUCCCUCGCGUCUGACGAUGGAGGAGCCAGCUUUAUGGAUCUGGGAGAGGAAAAGAAAAUGUCAAAGGAGGAAAAGUCGUUUGCGAAGAAAAGGGUUGCAAAGCUAGAACACGUGCUCGGCGAUAAGCCUCCGUCAAGGACGUAUAUCCCAUCUUCUUCAUCGUUUCGAGACCCACUUUCCAGCGACCCCAGCAACAAACGUCUUUCCCUCCUAUACGAAUCCUAUUCCACUUCUCUCCAAGGCCUGCUCUACCUCAUCGACCAUGACCAACCCAAGCUUGCCCAAGUGAUGGACAGCCUCCAUUAUUGCUUCCCUUUGCUCGACGAUCAGCCAGAACCGGAUCAUCAUUUACGAACGAGCGCGUCGUCGCCGGGUCGCCGGACUGGGACUCCUCCUUUUUCUCCUGGCUUGGAACCCCCUGUUGGUAAUCGACGAGAUACCGGGGAUGUGUAUGACUUGUCGCAAUCCGAUCCGCUGGGGACAGAAUCCGCGGUGCAGCAGCAGCACAAGGAGGAUGAAGAGCUGAAUAAACCUGAUCCUCAAUCUCGAACUGCGAGAAAAAGACGGACCGGUAAACUGCCUCAAUUCUUUGGGGAGUCUGUAGACCUCUCUAAACCGCUUGAAGAACGAGCAAAUACUGUUCCUCGAGCUCGUCUUCAGUCCGCGUCUGCCUCGCGGCAUGCUACAGGAGGAGGCAGGUGGAAAGGGAGGAGAGAUACGAUAAUAGACGCGAUGCUUGGUGAGAUGUGGCAAAGUGUACAAACAGAAAUGGGCCGGGGUGGAUUGAAAAAGGAUGAAGUUGACAGACUAGGGGAUCUAAUGUGCAUGUUGCGAGAGAGAAAGAGGGAAAGGAAUGGGUAUUGGGAAUCUGUAUAAACUGUGCAUCUUCGUCGUGAAAAAGGAUGGAUGAGUAGCCAUGAUCCUUAUGAUAGUGUUCUCGUUGCGUGAAUUAAUAUGUACAAUUGAUUACGUGCCAAAGAUUGGUCAUGACUGGCAUGAUGCAUGAAAUCAUC